ACUCUUCUGGCAUCCCCCCUCGUAUUUAUCAACUUAUAGCCCCCUUGCCUGCCCUCCAUUCUGUACGCAUUCAACGUCAAUAGAUAAUUGAGAGCUGAGAGACACGCCAUGGCAGAUGGUAUAUUGGGUCACCCAUUCAGGCGCCUCUUUUGGAGCCCUCCAAUCUUCCGUGAAUGGUCUGGAUCACCCGCUCUCAUGGAUUGGCUCGAAUCCCCCAGUGCCCACAUCUUCAAGUUUAACGUCCCAGGAUACAAUAAGGAGGAUAUAAAAGUGCAGAUACAAGAUGGGAAUAUUAUGCAUAUAAAAGGAGAGGGUAUUAAAGAGGAGAGUCACACGAAAGAUACUGUUUGGCAUGUUGCGGAGAGAGGGUCAGGGAAAGCUGAAUUUUCUCGGGAAAUUGAAUUGCCAGAAAAUGUGAAGAUUGAGCAGAUUAAGGCCCAAGUAGAAAACGGUGUGCUCACAAUUGUUGCUCCAAAAGAUUCAACUCCAAAGCCUUCUAAAGUGCGAAAUGUUAACAUCACUAGCAAACUCUGAGCAAAUGGAACAAGCUUUACGCUUUGAAUAAAUGUUGUACUUAAUUUAUUAUGAAAAUAAAAAAGCUGUACCCAUUUUUACAUGUAUCAUAAAUAAACAAAUCCAAUUCAUAUA